GACAAUGAUAAAGAAUAUUAUAUCUGAAAAAAAAAAAUGUUUUCUAUGUACUGAUCAGGAAAGUGUUUUCCGGAAAAAUGUUUUCUGCCUUGUCCUACUCCGGACGGUCCCAAAUCUUUGCAGGGACCGUCCGUUGUCGGACCUCAGCUUGAGCUUCUCCAUCAUGGCUCUCGCUUCCUCCAUUUCUUGUCCGUUCAUCUCCACCCUGUCACUGUCCCUCCCCACAAGUCGAACCCUACCGUCUCCUCUCCAACCUUUCCACCGCUUGUUCCCGGUGCUUAGCCCGACCAGAUGGAAGUUCCUCGCCAUCGAAUGCUGCUCCCCUUCCUCCAAGUCUCAGAACCUCAGGACCUGCAAGAACUGCAAGAUGCAAUUCGACACUCUGCUCAAUCACCCACGUGCUUGUCGCUUCCACACCGCCCAUUUCGGCGGUGAGACGAAGAGGAAGUUUGAGAGCGUGUAUACUGGUGGCACUUUGGACACUCCUAACUCAGGAGAAGUUUUCCAGUACUGGCAUUGCUGUGGGUCAGAAGAUCCCUUCGACCCCGGAUGUACCUCAGCUCCUCACGCAUCAUAUGAUGAUUAAUAUGUUGUUGGCACAGCAGUCCUCUAAAAGAUCUUUUGCACGAGAUUCUUGAGCAUUCUUUAUCUGCAAGGCUGCAACUGUGAGACCUUUGUGUAUAUUGCCGAAGAUAUUCUUCGUUUCUAUGUCAUAUUGCAUAGAUAAUUUAUUUCAAGGGUCUCUCCUCGUCAUUUUUUCCUUGCGAUUUCAUUUGCAUUUGCUAGUUUCCAGACAAAGGUCUAGUUUUAAUGCAAAUGAGAUCAUAAUAAUCUGUCUUGGUGUUUUGAUUACAGGUGAAGCUGUCACCAUCAUAUGAAUCUUCUGUUUGGGUUUGGGUGAAAA